CGAGCUGCAAAGUUUUGCUCUUUUUGUGUUUACGUGCUACUCGUGUGGAGCGAAUUGCUCCCAUAUCUCGCGUAAAUUUGCUUGGAUUUUCUGUCGAUUGCCAAGUAAAAACGUUUCCAUCAUGGAAUACAUGAACGCCAGCGAUGGCUCUUCUGUGGCUUCCAGUAGUUCAACGAAAAAUAAAAUCCUCUGCUGUGAAUGCGGUACUCCUAUCGAGCCAAAUCCGUCCAAUAUGUGCGUAGCUUGCCUGCGGACUCAUGUGGACAUCACCGCAAACAUUCCGAAACAGGCAGUGGUAUUUUUCUGCAGAAAUUGCGAACGCUAUCUGAAUCCCCCAAGCGAAUGGGUCCAAUGCAGUUUGGAAUCGAAGGAACUGUUGUCGGUUUGCCUGAAGCGUUUGAAGGGAUUGAAGGAAGUCAAGCUGGUCGAUGCUGGCUUCGUUUGGACAGAGCCUCAUUCCAAGAGGAUAAAGGUAAAGCUGACAGUUCACGGAGAAGUUAUGGAUGGAGUGGUGCUGCAGCAGGUCUUCGUAGUGGAAUUCACUGUCAACAAUCAAAUGUGCGAUGAUUGCCACCGGACGGAAGCUAAAGACUUUUGGCGGUGUUUGGUACAAGUUCGUCAAAAAUCCAUCAACAAAAAGACGUUGUUCUAUCUGGAACAAAUGAUCCUUAAGCACAAAGCUCACGAAAACACACUGGGUAUCAAACCAUCACCUUCCGGAGGAUUGGAUUUUUACUACGCUACCGAUGCCCAUGCCAGGAAAAUGGUCGAUUUUGUACAAGCAGUGCUUCCGGUAAAAGUGACCAACUCGAAGAAACUGAUUUCGCAUGAUAUUCACAGCAACUCUUACAAUUACAAAUAUUCGUAUGCGUUGGACGUUGUCCCGAUUUCGAAAGGAAGUCUUGUGUGCUUGAACAAAAAGCUGCAGCAACAACUUGGACAUAUUUCUCCAAUCUGUUUGGUAACUAAAGUGGCCAAUGCAGUCCACCUGAUGGAUCCACGAACGGCUCAGUUGGCAGAGGUUCAAAACAUGGCCUUUUGGAAGAACCCGUUUGAGGCAAUUUGUAAUCCCAAGCAGAUGAUUGAGUUCAUCGUGAUGGACAUUGAAAUCGUUCGUGACAAUGAGAAGAAAAAUUUCCCUGGACAGGGCCCGGUAUCAUUCCGUCACGUACUGGCCGAUGUUUGGGUAGUGAAGGCUUCUGAGCUGGGCAUCAAUGAGAAUACUAUUCACACUCGUUCCCACUUGGGACACUUGUUGAAGCCUGGCGAUUCGGUUAUGGGCUACGACUUGCAGGAUGCCAACAUCAACAAUGCUGAUUUUGAAAAGCUGAAGCAGGAUUCCGUUCCGGAUCUGUUGUUGAUUAAGAAGUACUACGAUAAGUCUGCCAGGAAACAGACAAGAAACUGGAAGCUGAAACAUCUUACUGAAGAUGUGGCUUUGGAUACGGACAUCGAAAAUGAUUACAAUGAGUUCCUGGAAGACUUGGAGGAAGAUCCUGAUUUGCGACAGAAUGUUAACAUUUUCAAGGACAAUUCUAAGAUUAUUCCGGUGGAUGUGAACGAUAUGCCGGAUCCAUCGGUACCACGAAUCACACUGGAGGAAAUGUUGGAUGACUUAGUCUUGGACGAUGUUGAAAUGACGGAAGCGCAGUAGCAAAACCAUUGCUAUGAAAAAAUUACUCUUUACUGUUGGAAAAUAUGUCUUGUAAUUUCAUUGAAUAUAUAGAAAUACAAAGGAAAACGAGCCAUACGA